GUUUAUUUCUCAACGCGUCAGUGUUUGAUUAUCAACUUUAGCCUCGGCUUACUCAAUAGACUUUGACUUGUACCUUGCUUUGUAUGAGUCUUUCUUUUUUGUUUAUUACCAGAUAUAGAGAAUGGACAAUAGGAUUGGCGGGUAAACUGUGCCUAAGAACUGUUUUUUGGGGUCCAUAUUCUGUUUCUUGAUCUUCUUUUCUAGUAAAAAAGGACUAACUGAAUUCUUUUUCUUCUUCUUCUUCUUCUUCUUUUUGCUUUUCCUUUUUCUUGUUCUCUGUAUCUGAGAAGGAUCGUAUGUAUUUACGUAUGGUUUAUGCGCCAAGUUGUCUUUCUUGGAUUCUUCAAAGCCAGCCAUAAUUAUAACUUUGUGGGUUGUCUUUCAAGCUUUUGGUUGUCCACUAGGAUAAAAUCAGCAGUAAUCUUCAACGCACAGCUUUCUUUCUUGUUUGAGAUAUAUGGGGAGACACUUGGAACGCCAAGAUUCUGAUAUUGUAUUUCAGAGACAUCUACCAGGCUGCAUGUGGAGCAUGCUUCAUAUUCUUGAUUACCACCACUGGCACAGUGUCAAAAAGAUGUCGCCACGCAGAAGAUACAGAAGAGGGAAACAUACCAUAUGCUGUGGAUAUCCAAAAACAAUAUCUUUUGCGCAACACACAGAUGAAUUGCAGAAUUAUUUGGAUGCAGAUGCUGUCCCCUUACUGGAUGAGCAGCAAACAAUCGAGGCUGCCCCAAGCGAAAAAAUUCCUGGAAAAGCUCAAAUAAAAGCAUCAGUAGCUAAAGAGAUGUCUGCAAGAUCACAGUUGCAGAGGGCUAUUUCAAUCAAUCGGUUAGGGCAUUCAGACAACCUUGGCGGAACUAAUACUGAUUGGCCAAAUCCAAUCAUAAUCCUUGAGAGAAGUGCUGAUACUGCUGCCUCCAGAAUGCAGGUUCCAAUUCUGCCAAAGGGCUCUGAGGCAUUUUCCUCAGAAGUUGGUCAUCAUCAAUUAGUAAGCAAGUCACUAAAUCACUACAUUUCGGAUGAUAAGCAGCUCAGUAGAGAGACUUCGCAUCGCCAAUUCAUGGAAUGUGUGGAUGUUCAAGAGAUAUUUAACAUCAACAAAAAGUUAUUCAUGGAAAUCCUACGUGAUCCUGAUGUCCAAGCUGCCAAGGACUUCCAUAUUCAGCUGACUUCCGAGAGGAAAUUGAAGAAAUCAGGCUCAUUUCCUUUAGCUGUCUCCCCGCAUAAACUCAUGGGUCCUGUUACACUUGAACAAAAGUGGAAUGAAACUUGGUCCUUCCGACAAGAACAAAGGUUUCCAACCGGGGUUGAAAAGCGAGAUGUUGUUGCAGCCAAGUCUGAUAAGUCAACAGGUGCAAAGGCAGAUGAUAGUGUAGUUACUGCUGUUACUCAAGGUUCAGAAUUGUCUUCUUCUCCAUUGUCUCAAGGAUCACAUAAACAUGGAUGGCAUCAAUCAUUUAUGCGUCAUUUGAAAGAUGUUAUGAAGAAAAUUAGGCAUACGCAUAAAGAGAGCAAAAAGACGAACAAUCACACAUUAAUAAAUGCCCUUCUGCUUGGAGUUCCCUCUAGUUCCUCUGAUGAGAAAGAGACUCCUGAGAGGAUCAAGGAGGAUACAAUUCACCAAGAUAGUUGUCAUGAGGCAAACAGUUCUGGUAAUGGUCUCAGCAAGGACCGAAUCUCACACAUAAGAAGAGUUUCUUCUCUAAAUGAGUCGAUGGAUAGAUAUGCCCGGUUGUUUGAGCACAGUUCAACCAAAGAGCCCAAGUGGCAUAAGUAUCAGUCUAAGAGCUUAAGACUGACAAAUGAAGACAAGUAUCCACCGACUGGGUCUAGUUUCAAAUCCUUCAGGAGGAGACUUUCUUUGCCGGAUCUUGAUUCUUUUUGUCCCUUGCCAAACGAGACAUCACAUGAUGCACUUCCUUCAGGGAGACCAAUCAAGACUAAUAUAUAUUAUGAUGCAAAUGCCAAGGAUGCCACCUAUAAUGACCUGAAUUCGGUAAGAACUGAACAGCUAGAUGUUGUUGAAGAGACUGACCUUCCUGGAAACAUAAUAGAGGAAGGUAACAGCUGUGAGAACAAUGAAUAUCCUGGUGAUUUAGUGGCGAUGAGUAAUGAGGAGGAAGUAUUAGAGGAUAUAGUUGAGGUAGAAGACCAGGGACAUUGUCCUCACCAAGAUCAGGAGAUUGGUUCCACAGUGAAUUCUAGCACUGAGCAUGAAAAUGAAAGUCCUGUUUCAGUUCUUGAGACACAUUCUCGGCUUGACAUAACUAGCCAAACAGAGUUUCAAUUCUCAAAAGAUUCAGACUUGCACUCAAGGAGCAUAUGUGUUGAUGAACAAGAUUGUCCUGUUGAUCUACAACACAGGUUCAACAGAAAUUCCUUGACAUUUGCAGACCAUGAGAAUGCUAAAAAUGCGCAGACGAAAAUUGACAAUAACCUUCUUCACUUUGAAUUAAACAGACUGGAAGAUGCUGAUUUCAGUUAUGUGAGGGAUGUUCUUGAAUUAUCUGGCUGCACUGAGCAAGGGUACCUUGGAGCCUGGCACUCACUAGACCAGCCACUAAGUCCCACAUUGUUCAAGGAAUUGGAGGCUUAUAUACACCAAGAAUCUGAAUGCUCUUCAGAGGAUGUUGGCUGCAAUUGUGAUCAUCAGCUUCUGUUUGAUUUGAUCAAUGAGGUUCUACCUCAGAUAUACGGAAGCUCAUUAGCCUACUUCCCCAGGCCCUUCUCCUUCACUCAACGCAUACGGCCAUUACCUAAGGGAAAUCAUAUUCCUGAGGAAGUGUGCAAAAGAAUUAGUUCAUAUAGAAGCUCAGGAUUGAAGGUGGAUCAGUCAUUGAAUGAUAUCGUUGCUGGAGACUUGGCAAAAGAUGAUAGUUGGCUGAACCUUCAAUUGGAUGUUGAGGACAUAGCACUUGACCUUGAAGAUUUGAUUUUUGAUGAACUUUUAGAUGAAGUGAUGUGCUCAUGAACAACUUAAGGCAAAGACAAGACAUGCUUCUGCUGCAUCUGGUGCCACUGGCAGCUUUGUGUAUAAAAAUUUUGUUUCUGUAUUAGUCAUUCUUGUUUCUGUUUCCAAAGAAAAUCAUGAUUCUUUCUUGAUACAACGACUGCAGGGGGAGAAGAAAGGAAACUUGCAACAGCUAGUUUAUAUGUUACAAGUUUAAAAGUUUCCAUGGAUGAGAACUCAAAACAGAAUACUUAGGAAAACAACUAGGGAUAUGAUGCAUGUAGAACUCAUACAGGUACAUAGGCUUCAAUAGUUUUGUGGAAUUUUUGUAUUGAUAUUCUAUACAUUUGAAAGGUUGUAUUUUAUUAUUAAUUAUAGGGUAAUUUUUAUUCA